AUGGGCUUGGGUCGGAUUGCCAGAAAAGGCAUUCCUUCGAGGGAGAUCAUCCGCGUGGUCGAGAUUGGAGCUCAAGUCUCGAAUACCACCGAUACCAACGCCCCGUGUGGAAUUAUUACGCAAUCACUCAAGGAGUAUUACAGCAAUGAUGACAAUAAAGGCAAGGACUUUCCCUUGAAACCAUCACUUGCAUACGCAUGCCUUCAGUCCUCCGCUAUCGACAACAAACUUGCUGCGAGCUAUACAGAGGAGCUGAAGGAAUACUAUCAAUUCCAGUCUUCGAUCGUGUAUCUGAAGAAUCCACCGGCCGAUUAUUACUAUUCUCCAGUGGACCUCCUCGGUGGCUUGGAUGACAUCGCUAGCAAAGCUGUAGCCGGAGGCUUUGCAAACGAUGUAUAUGCCGUAUGGAACAACUUCUCUGUGUCCAGCAUUCAGUCAAUCAACGGCGAGGAUAUCGACAGUGUCCUUACUACUGCUGGGGAAGCAAUUCCUUCGGAUCCCGAUGUGACUUACAACAGGCUCAUGUGGAAUUAUGGCGGGGCUCCAUCUGCAGGAUCCUUUCUCGGAGCGUACUCAAUCCCUAACACCUAUCAAUAUCCUGGUGACUUCACGAAUCUCACAUUCUCCAACGACACAACACUCUCCAUCGCCAAUCUGGCCAUCAUUCCGAACGGAGGCUGGUCCACCGAUAUUGUUGACGGGAAGACAUUCACAGAAUUCUUCUGUAUUGCUCCGGCAAAUCCCAGUCCGACUUCAUCCUCCUCAUCGCCAUCUUCAACGUCCACUCCAACAUACGGCACAACAGCGCCUACACUCCUCGGUUACAACUCUCCGCCAGUUGUGAAAGAUCCACAUAAUCAAGUAGCGGGGUACUAUAUGAAUACCACUGGAUAUGAAGACACGGCGAUUCUCCGCAUUGGCACGUUCGCAAAUGAGACUGCUGCUCAAGCUGAUUUCGAUACCGAGGGAUCUUUCGUCAAUACCACCAGAGAGUUCUUUUCUGCCGUACGAGCAGACAACAAGACGAAGCUGAUCAUCGAUGUGAGCGGCAAUGGUGGCGGAAACACCAUUCUGCCCAAUGACAUCUUCAGACGUAUUUUCCCCGACAUCGAGCCCUAUGGACUUGCACGCCUGCGAGACGAAGCACUUGCAAUCAGUGCCAGCGACAACGAUACCGUGCAGAAUGUCAAAUCGAGAAUCUUCACCUCGCCAUGGAGCUACCAAAGCUGGGUGACCGAAGAUCUCCAACACUUCACAGGAUGGUCAGCUGGAGAUAAUCCUUACUACCCACCCGUGGAGAACAACGGAGACAACUUCACCAUCUCCGGCCGGAUCCCCACCAACAGCACUUUCUACACAGAAACUACCGGCGGCCUCAUCCUGUAUGGCACACCCGUAGAGCCAGCAACAGAGCCCGGAGUAUUCACCCCUGAGAACGUCGUCGAUCUUACAGACGGCGUAUGCACCUCCGCCUGCGCCAUCCUCGUGGAGUUCCUCACUCGCCAAGCAAACGUCAAGACCAUCGUAGUCGGCGGCCGUGGAAAGGAGGGGCCUAUGCAAGCAAUCGGUGGCACCAAAGGCGCUCAGGCAUACACUUUUGACAACCUCGUCUCGCAGACAGCAUACCUCGGGACUUCUAUUGUCGGCCCUUAUAUCUCGGACGAACUCCUCGCUCUAGCCAACGAUACCCUCCCCGGCCUGAAUCCUCUCCCUUUCGGUUCGCAAAGCGCUCUUGCUGAAUAUGGUAUCAACUUGCGGGAUAGCAUCCCUCCAGGAGACGAUGCCGGGAUCCCACUACAAUUCGUGUUCGAGCCUGUGAAUUGUAGGAUUUACUACACGCCAGUGACGGUCGAUAAUCCUCGAGUUCUGUGGGAACAAGUCUAUGACAUUGCUUGGAAUGGAGGGAAGUGUAACUACGGGAGCAUCAAUAGUGAUUUCUCGAAUAAGGGGUCUGGUGUGGAUAUUCUAACUGGCAAUAAUGGCACUGCUCCGCCUGUGAGCAAUAGCGUUGCUGGAAUGGGUGCUAGCAUGGGUCUCAUGCUUGGGGCUCUUUCGGUUGCUUUUUUGGCUAUGUAA